GAGCAGUGACCAGUGCAAUAUUGAUAUUAUGCUAUAUUGAGAUGAUAACAUUAUACAAGUUGGAUAAAAUAGAAUAUGAUUGUGAUCUAAAGUGUAUGACAGUUGUUCGGCGAGAUAGUACAUUUUAAGAUUUAGAAAGUUUAUUUUAUAAUUUGACUGGAAAAAGCCGGAUGCAAUAUUCUCUUAAUUUGAAAAUAUCAUAUAGUUGGACAAAUGAACAAAAUAACAAGAGAAUGAGACUUAUUACUUAAAUGGCUGUAACACUUUUUAAAUUAAGAAAAAAAUUAUCAAUAUUUGGAGUUAUUUGUUGAAUUUCAACUGAAUGAAACAAGUGCGGUUGUAGAGAUAGCAUAUGUGAAUCCCAAUACAAGGCUUGAGCAAACAAACGAUGAUAUACACAUACUAGAUGCAGAUUAUUAAGGAGUUGGAGAAGAUAAAUUUAGUGAAUCAGAAUCAAUUUCAUGCUCAGAUGAUGAAAUGGAGAUAUAUGAAAACUGUGAAAAAAGGGUCGUGGAUGCUACUGCAUUAUGGCAAGAGUCAGGGUCAUCGGGAUCUCCUAAAACAUGUACAAUACCACAUUCAGAUAGUCAAAAUGAAUAUCAAUUGAUUGAAUAUUUUCACAAGUUGCAUGAGGAGGAGUUUCAACAAGAUACAUAUGGCACUUUCAAUCGUAGAUGGGAUGUUUACACAAAAAGUAGCGGUUAUUUCUGGGAUGAUAUUCAAAGAUAAAAAAUAGAUGCAAAUGGCCGUUAAGAAUUAUUCGUAUGGUUGGGAGGGAAUAUAUUGUAACAAAGAACAAUCAUACGGGCUUCAGAGUAAAGUGUAAGCACUAUGGGAAAAAUGGUUGCGAGUGGAGCGUGACUGCAUCAUAUAAACCAUAUUUAGGCCCCGUUUGGAUUGGGUUCUGAUAGUUGCUUUUGGCUUCUGCUUCUAAAAAAAGCAUGUUAGAAAUUUGUUUUCCUUUAAGAUCGAUGACUCGGGUUAUUCCUGCAACAAAAUAAUACUCACUAAGAAUAUUAGUAUGUUAGUACCAAUAAUCAUAAUAAAAUAAAUAUAAAUUAAGGAAAAACAGUGCUAUAAUAUAACGAAAUAUUUGGAAUAAUUUGUUAGGCUCAGGUCACAGCCCAUUCCGCGCCAACUCCAAGCCUUCCAACGUGGCAACACCACAAAAAGGGAGCAGUAAGGGUUUUGACACCAAGGAAUCCAAAUAAGGGAGGAGAUUCGCAUAAAGGUAAAGAGGAACACAAAUGAUCACACCAAGCAACUAUCUCUCUCGGCUUUCACUCGUUUCACUGCCCCCUCAAACCCACCAACACCCAUCGAUAUAUAUAGUCACUUCAAGAUUAGGGGUAAGGCAAAAGGAAGGGGAAAAAAACAUACCUUCUCGCAAGGAUAAGACCUGAGAAGAAGGCAAAAAAAAAAAAGCAUGCGGCAUAGAGCUACAUAUCGAAAAAAAAUUUCUCAAGGGCAAUAUUAGGUAACUAUUCAAUUUCCCACACUUGAUCAAUAGUAGUGUUGUCGUAAAAAAAUCGCCACCGACGGCUUAAUCGGAAAAGCCUCUUGGAAUUGAUUUAAUCAUAGGGUUCCCCGGCCUUCUCAAGAAAGGAUCCGGGCUACCUCACAAUAAGCUAAAAAAUUAACGAAAAAAGUAGGCAAAAUUGGAAUGAAUGCUGAAAAUUAAAUUUUGGAAUUAACGGGCAAAAACUGUAGAAGUCUGAAAAAAAAUGCAGCAAAUUAAAAAUGCAGAGAAAAAAUUAAGGCAAUAGAAGAUGAAUUGAUCGAUCUCCUUUGCCGCCCUAUCUUUUCUUCUUUUAUUCCCUUCAUUUUGUUCGGAUAAGGCUCUUAUCCCUUAUUUUUCUCUAACCUCCCCAAACUCUUCUCACUUUCAAAUUAUGCUUUAUCCGUUUUUUUGUUGACCACAUAUUUUACUGAUCUAGACCUUCUUGUGGGCUGUAUUCUCCUUAGGUUGGGCUCCGCUUGGGCUGGGCUUUGGUUAAAUUUUGGAGUAUACAAAUGCCCCCCACAAAACUAUUUCGGGUAAAAAUUAAUUUGGUCCCCGGAUAGUUUUGUAAUCUUCUGAAUCUGGAUUUGCGCGCUGUCACUUGUCCUAUCUUCUUGGUAUCUCCCCACAAACUUCACUCCUCACUCCCUUUCCUUCUCUUCUCACUUGCGAAAGAAACCCUUACCCUUCGAGCUCUUCCCUUCAUCUUCCACCGGCGACCUUAUCCUUUCCGUUCUCGAGAUAGGACGCAGUAGUCCUUGGUUUCAUUCCGACGAAGCCACCAGACGGCAUUCUCAGUGAUUUUGGAGACCGGCGGGCGGAGGGAUGCUAUCGAGGUUUACCCACGGUCUUUUCUCCAUGGGGGGAGUCCCGAUGUCUAGGUCGAAGCUGGACGCUCAGUCCGGCCGUCCUCCUCCGACACGCUCUGGAAGGGCCCCCCGUCAUCUGGUGGUACUCGGUUUGGGCUCACGCCCUUCGCGAAAGAUCAAGACGAGCUGCCGGAGGGUUCCUUCGACGCCCUCGGCAGGGGUAAGCUCUUGCUAGCCCAAUCUUGGUUCAAUCUUGAUGUUUUUCCUUUCUGCAUUUUUCAACUCCCUAAUAGUAUUUCUGAGUUCAAAUCUUGGAAAGAUAGACUAGAUCCUUUGUACGGGGCGCAAUGGAAGACCUGGGGCAUUCGGUAUAUGUUGUCGGUGUGCACUAAUUUUACCCAUCGAGAUAAUCUUAUGAUCAAAUCCCUUUUGUGUUUUUGGAGCCCUAGUAUAAACGCAUUUGUGUUUCCCUUUGGGAUCCUGGCCCCGACCGUGUUAGAUGUGGUCGUGAUUUUAGGUCUUCCCUCGAAAGGGAUAGAACCUCAUUUAUCCCCAUUGUAUAACUCCGAUCGAUUGCCUAUUCCUGUUGCUUAUGAUAGCAACACCACCGUGAGUCAGUUUAUUGCGUCAAACAUGCUUUCUGGUCACGUUGAGUCUCUGGAACACAAUGCUUUCCUUAUGUUUUGGUUUAGCAAGUAUUUCAUUUGUUGUGCGUUGAAAGGGUUUGUUCGGGAGGUGGAACCAAUUGUGCACGUCCUUAUGUCUGGGGUGGAGAUAGUUUUAGCCUCAUAUUUCUUGGGUCUGUUGUGCCAUGGCGUAAACGAGUUCCUGGGGAAGCUCUCUGUCUCUUCUUCCCGCAAGCCGGUCGGAGUGGGUCCUUUGUGGUUUCUCGAGUUAUGGGCGCGGCUAUAUUUUCCAAAUUUGAUCAGCCCGCGCCCUGAACUCCCCUCCCGGUCGUUCACAGCUUUAGGCCUUCAUUUGGCAUCGUAUCCCUCUUUUCAAGGUGAUCUCCAUUCGCUCACCCACUCCCUUUUACACGAGACUAAUCGAUCUCCGGCCGACUUCAUCCCUUUGUCUGGUUUCUUCUCAUCUCGUGACGCUUCUAUUGUUGACACCGCCAACUUUUCUAACUCCAUGAGUUGGAACAAAUUCCUUACUGCUCGCAUUUUAGUCGAGGGAUUAUCUGUAGCCUCUCGAUAUAAUUCCUUGCUAGGAGAAGUUUACCAGCCUCAGUACUGCGCGCGCCAGUUUGGUCUGGUUCAGGGAAUCCCCCUGUUUGGUUACCUUUUACCACCUCCUCUUUCCGCGGGUCAGACGUUGGGAUCGUCCCUUAUCGAUGAUUGGCAUGCUUACAUCCGUGAUAUAGAGGAACUGCCACAUUCAUCCUAUGCUUUUAAUCCAAACACGUUGCCCUCCUUUGACGACUGGUGGGCUGAAUUUUUUGUUCACUCGGACGUGGCGGCUCUUCGGCGAUCCCUGAUCAGUCCGGGUGACCAGCAUUCAGGUGGUAAAGACUCGCCUGCCGCAGCUUCCGAGGAGGUGGAGGAAGUCUUCAUAUCUUCAGCCAUAGGUACACCUUUUACGACGGGAGCCCCAUCCGCGCCACUUUCAGCCACUCGCUAUUCCCGAAGACUGAUAUCAAAACUAGCCGCGCCCAAGUUGCGGCCGAAGCACCCUGCUAAACGGCUAGCUCCGUCACCAUCCUUUCAGAUUCCUCCCAAGAUGGCUGCCCCCGUGUCCUCCGUUGCUCCAACUAAUGAUUCACCUUCCUGGACAUCUCCGGCUCAGGUUCUCCGUGUAGGAACAGGCUCUGAGACCGUCGCUAAGUCGACUGAACGAUCUGCCUCUCCUCCACCGUCUCUCCAGGUUUCGCAUGGAAUUACAACUCCGGGAGGAUCGGUUUAUUCGGCCCGGGUUCUUUCUCCUGUCUCCGCCCAACUUGAGCCUGUCAGGACGUCUCCUUCUCCGUCCGCUCCUUUGGCCCCGAAAGUUGUCCCUGCUGAUGUGGAGGCAUACUUUGCCCAAAGCCAUGCUACCGACGCCUCUGCCCCAACCAGUUUCGAAGAUUUAUGUCAGGAUCCCUUUAGUGGGUAUCAAUUUGCCCUGCCGGAGGAUUCGGCCGUUCUAGACACCCUGCAGGCAUCUGUUCUGACUGCGGCCGCGUCUUUGUCGCUGGGCCUGCCUCGUCGCCAGCAGCUGGAGGAACUUGCAGAGUGCCUGGGCAAAAUUUCCGGUCGCCUGAAGAUGCUACAGGGUGUUCGCGGUAUGAAUGACAGUAAGCUCAAAGAAUUGGUGGCCCUGGAGACGGAAAAAGCAGCUUGCGCUCGGAGCUUUUUGGAUGAGAAACAACGCGCUGAGGAUGAAACAACAUAUAUAGAGGGACUCCAUAAUGAAGAAAAAGCUUUCCGUGCCGAAUUAAGAAAGAUUGAAGAGCGUCUGAGAGAGAUCUCACCAUAAUUGGCACGAGUAACCGCGAGUCUUGCCUCUAGGACCGCUCGGAGGAUGGAAAUGUACGAUCGUGCGACGGCCUUGGACGAACCCCUGUCUGGGCUCCGCGGCAAAAAACUUGUUUUUGAGAAGAACCUUCAACGGGCGGAGCAAGGGCUAGAGGAGCUGCGUCUAGUCUGGCCAAGUGUGACGUCCUCAUGGGCUUCUUUGCACCCUAGGACUUCAGAGUUUUCCGGUUGUCUUCCUCCCACGCUGGUGGCUGUGACUGGGGACCCGUACGCUGCCGGGACGGUUUCCAAUCCACCGGUCUCGGGUACAUCCGCCAUUAGUAUUAGGCUCGUUGAUGUUCACAUUACGCAUGAUGCAAGUUUGAGUGACUCUCCUAUGAACCAGUAACUUACCUCAUGUCCGUGUAACUUUGCUUGAAUCCUCCCCUCCACUUUUGUUUUUGGUUCCUUUUGUGACGGUCUAUAACUGAUGGAGGGAGUUGUUUUGUCUGUGAAUUAACCAUCCUUUUGAUUAUGGAGUCAUCUUCUAUUCCAAAUCCCAAAUGGACGGAUAGAAUUGCUUGAGAUAUUUGCCAUUAAUGACCGUGUUCGACUCUUUUCCUUCGAGUUCCAUUAAUCUGUACGCACCACCAGUUGUCUUGGCAGAUAUAAUGAACGGUCCUUCCCACGAGGGUGACCAUUUUCCGAAUUUCGGAUCCUUCGGCCCGACCGGAAGAAUGGCUUUCCAAACCAUAUCACCUUCCUGGAAGGUCUGAGGUCUAACGUGCUUUUGGAAGGCCCUUUCUGCUUUUUUCUUUUGACUUCGCGUAUGUUUGCGUGCUUGCAAUCUCUCUUCGGGCAAAGCAUUGAGCUCCUGCAGCAAUGCUUGGUCAUUUUUUUCCAUCGAGAAUCCGUUCGCCUGCAAAGUCCGGAGCGAUGGUACCGUAAUUUCUAGUGGGAGCACAACAUCGUGUCCAUAAGUCAAGCAGUAGGGGGUACUGCCGGUCACCGAAGAUUUGGCGUUCUGGUAUGCCCAGAGUGCUUCGUCUAGCGUAUCGUGCCAGCUUCUUGGGUUAUCUUCCAAAGCUUUUCUGAUAAUUGAGAUCAGCGCCUUGUUCGUCGCCUCGGCCUGCCCGUUAGCUUGAGGGUAGUAGGGAGAAGAAUGGAGCAAUUGGAUUCCAUAUUGAGCUACAAACGCCUUGACCUUUAUCCCCAUGAACGUUG